UCCGUUCGCUCUCAUUCCUCCACUCGUCUGCUGCCGAAAGUUUUGUGUAUGCUAUGCUGCUUUCAUGUUGUGUUUACUAUGCAGUUGUCACUGCCCAUAUUGAAUUCACAGUUGUCCAGUAGCUCUCGGCAGCGCAUUCUGCGUUUCCUUGCAGAGGCCUUGGCCUCUACUGCCAAUACCUAAUCAGCCUACAAGAUUGCUUAUCUCUGGGUAGAGUCAUAUCAGUAUCGCCCAAUCUGUUCCGGAACAAUCUUUCUGCUUCUCUUCGUAGUGCAUGCCCCUGUUGGCGGCGGUGCGUAGCGGGGACAGUAUUUACUCCUAGUAUACGGCGGAGCGGUUUGCGCCUUCCGUAACCGACUAGUACCAGCUGAUCACCAAUCUCGAAACGAAGUGAACUGCCCGUGUUUGAACCCCACGUACGGGAUCCGUGCGGCCGUCCGUCCCCUAACAGCUGUUGCGACUGCCGUUCGCGGGGUGGUGUGCGUGUAUGCGUUCCGUAGCACGUUGACAUUGUUUUCUCAUUUCGCCGUGCAGCGUAUGAACGGUGUGACGUUGAUUGUCACCGCUGCGACAGCGGUGAUACCGGUGUCUCGACCGCCUCGUCGGUCUUGCCGGUGCUGAUUGGUGGGUGUGCCCAGUUCCGGCAGGUGCUUUUGACAAGGCUCUCCCCCCGACAGCCCGAUGUCUCUGUGGAACAGUCCCGGCGGCGGCCGCACCGCCCAGAACUACGGCAGCACGCAGCAAGGAUUCGGCAGCAUGGAAAGCCCGUCACGAGCAUCAAUCGAUACGUCUCAACGAUACCACCAGCUGUGCGACAACAUCAGCUCUAGCAUAUUUGCCAUCAACAAUGACUCUGCCACUCUUGAUCGUGCCGCUAGACAGCUGGGUACGCAGGCGGACACUGACGCCUUCAGAGAGAAGCUCCACAUGACGCAGCAAAAUGCCAACCUGACCAUCAAGAGCACCACGACUGCGCUGCAAGACCUGGGAACACUAGUGGCCCACGGAGACAAGCAACAAAAACUGCAGUCAAGCCGGCUUCGCAAUGAAUUUCAGGAAGUUGUCAAGCGUUACAGCAAUCUGCAGAAGACCGUGGCUACCCGACAGAAGUACACAAUGUACGCACGACCAAGUGCCACAGCUAAGCCCUCUGGUGACAGAGGCUCACAGACCAGUGGCUGGUUUGAACAAUCACGUCCCGAGGAAACGACUGCGCUGCUAGACGAUCCGGGUAGUCCCCAGUCACCGACGCUACAGCAGCAGCAACAGGCGCACUUGAGGCAGGACAUGGACUACGAGCAGGCGAUGCUGGUGGAGCGGGAGCAACGCAUCCGGCGGAUCGAAGCAGACAUGCUGGACUGCAACCAGAUCUUCAAGGACCUGGCAAACAUAGUGCACGAACAAGGGGAUGUCAUUGACACCAUCGAGGGCAACAUUGAGAACACCCAGCAAAACACUUCGCAAGCCGUGGAUCAACUGCGUAGCGCAGCCAACUAUCAGAGGAAGUAUCGACAAAAGACCUGCUGUCUGCUCGUCCUCGUGGUUGUGGUGGCUGCCGUGGUGGCCCUGGUCAUCUACUUCUCCAUCAAGUAGUCCCAUCAGCACCAACCAUGGCCAGCUUCCACUGUUCCCUGCACUGCGCAUGUGCGCGGCCGCUUUUCAAAUCUUACCAGCGGUAAUCGGAGCGAAACAUGUGCUAUGGAUGCCUUCUCGGUGAAAAUCGCGAGUUCUGUAUGUUUCACGUGUGCCGUUUGUUCAGGGAAGAUGGAAGUUUAAGAAACUUUUGUCAGGUGCCCCUUAUCCCUGACUCAAAGUCGUUGCGGGCAUUCCAAGUUCUGUUAACCAGAGGAUGAUGUAGCAGAUGACGCUUACCAUUCACAGCAAGACCCAAAGACUAUAGCCAAGAAGAAGUUCCUCGCUGUUUGUUGACAUCGCGGGGUACUGCUAUUAACAAGAGCCACUAACAUGCCAUUUAGGAUUCUACACAUUUUAGCUCACAAACCAUUUGAAUCACAGCAAGUGAGUUCAGACACUUUGUGGAAAGGCUACUUCUAGCAUUGGGCUCGAGAUUCACGAAAUUGAGAUUCACGCCACCAGCACUUCUGACUGUUUUGAGACCUCGAGAUAUGGAAAGUUCUUCGCUGGACUCAACAGCACAUGCUAGCUUGAUGCUGAAGGUGCACUUGCGGCGUCCAACUUUUAAGGAGCCUAGAAAAACUGGUUCUUUGAGCACUGUGCUACUUUAGGUAUGGUACUUACUUACUUGCCAUGACAACGGUACUGUGCUUGAGCCCCUGACAUGUUGGUUCUUUAUGUCUUGAGGUUGUUAUCAAGGACAGGCGUCCUGCUCCUUACUUGUUCAGACUUGCGGGACCAACUAAACGUUUAGUUGAGCAGCGUAGUGACACUUCUUCACGCUUGUGGAGUGAUUGAUUUCUUUGUGCAGAGCUGCACAUUUUUCCCGCUGAUUCAUCACUUAAAAUUGCAGCUAAUCAGGAGCCGAGUCAUUUUAACAAAUGGAUUCACCUUUUUUUAAUAAGUUUACUUAGUGCAUGGACGUGACUGACCACUACUUUCAGUGAUUGCUCUGUUUCAUGAAUGAUGCGCAGUAUGCUGGAUGCAAAAUGCAAGUGCCAUAUUAAACGAAGCAUGGGGGCUCAAAAAACUUGGAGGACGCUUAAGCUUUGCAGCGUGUUUUGUCGUUCUUGGAUUUUGCCAUGCAUGGUUGCAAGUAGCACAAGUGAGAGGGAAAACAUGGUCGGUGCAUCGACGCAGGUGAAAGAAACAACGGGCAAACACGACACCUUCUUUGUUCUAAGUGGGACAAUGGGCUCACAAAGAGGGAUCGAAUGAAAAAAAAAGGAACUGCAAGACAGACCAGCAUGUGAUAAACCAGAGACAGAAAAACAAAUCUGCAACUUUAUUUCAUUGCAAAAAGCCAGAACUUUCAAAGGUAGAAGCACUGCAAGUGAACAAGAAACUGCUAAAUUGGCGCAAUAUGACGGGAGAAAAAAAAUGCAUAUGGAGCCAACACCAGUGUUCUAGAAAUGCAACAUCCUUAUUGUACUAAAUUCCCGACGGCUGACAUACAAAUUUCAUUACAUUUGUGGGUACUAUUACAGUAAAUACAACUUGCAAAUACAAAAUUAUAGAACUAGAGAUGCGAGUCAGAAGUUCAGUGUUUCUACUUUCUCGUGUGCUUGAUUUUUUUUUUUUUUUUUAAUGCUGUAGCCUUCUCUACUUUCGGUUGCAAAGACAGAUCAUGAUAGUGUAUAGCUUGAUGCUGAAAACACUUUACAGUAACCGAAGGGAGGUGAACAGCUUGAAGGCACAGCAGAAAGGACCUGGCACACCAUUGUUUCUUCAGUUUGCCAUCUCAUAUUGUCUCCCAAAUUAGAGUGUUGAAACUGACAGCAUGGAGUUUAAUACUAACAUUACUAGAGGGAAAUCUGCUAAGGCAGCAUGGGAAAAAUGGAUGGUACAUGUAUUUGUUUAAACAUUCUCCUUCUGGCUUUCAAUGACCAUGUUGAAGUUAAUGUCAUACCACAUUCUUAGUAUGGCAAUGAUUUGCCUCACUUAAUCAUUAACUUCAAUCGUACGACUGUUUUAAAAACAUGAACAAAACGAUUUGUUUAGCGUAGCCAAAAUCAAUACCCACGCUGAGCUUACUGCUUAAGCGGUCAAUAAGUGCAUACAAGUUUAAAACAAGCCAUUUCAAGUUCCUCUUGCUGAAAUAUUUGACAUUUUUGCUACUAAAAUACAUAUUUUAAUCCACUUGCAACUGGCCUGGCCUUCCUGCUGUUUGUCUGCUGACUGUAAUGUGUACAACGUGAAGAUAAAAAAGGCUCAGUGCUAGUUCCUCUACCAGCUGCGAUUAAAAAAAAAAAAAAACUCAUCACUGAUAUGUGGCUGUUCAUUGGUUGGACUAGCUAGAGGUGUCUUGUUUAAUGCUGAACAAAACUCCAUUCAACAUGUGCGACUUUUCUAUUGCCUCGUCGAAGAAGCUUGUCAGGUGUUUGCUACAGCUGAAUUUUGCCUCUCCUUUCUUUUUUUUUUUUUUUCCCCUCGUCGAACCACUGGCCAAGCCUUUGUUACGCAUGCCUCAAAAUCGUUUCACCAGAACUGGCAUGUGGAUUACCGUCCGCCUUCUAUUUUUGAAUUUUUUUUUAUAUAGUACAUGUAUAUUACUUGAACCUGUUGUUUCGUAUGCUGUAUAAUAAAGAAAUGCUUGUAUGUUGUGUUUGCUACUAA